GCGUCGGCCGCAGAUUCAACGGAGCAGAACUAUAUUGGUAGAUGCCGCCAAUGAUCCCCGUCAUUGCCCCGCAAACAACAGCUAACGACCGCAGAGACUCUCCAGAACAAGCUAACAGGCUCCCAUGCACAGCAUGGCUAAUCAACGGCACAUGACUGGUCGAAAGCGGGCCGAGGCAUUUAAAAACAAGCGAUUACACCGAAAGCAGACACAGCUAUUACAAUAUCACGCUCACAGGGAGCAGGCGGUUCUUCACAUGAGCGAUCCUAGUCGGUAAUCAUCUCAUCUCCGGCUGACGGGUUUGUCCCGAUCUCCUCGAAGACGAGCGAACCUUGUUGCUCCUUCAGCCAUUGCACGCUCCGCUUCUCGUCCAUGAAGUAUUUGUAUGCCUUCCGCAGGUCCUCGACGUCGACCUCCGUCGCUUUCCGCUUCCGGGCAACAAUCUGCGCGCAGGAGAUCAGGUUGAGAGCAUAGCGCAGCGUGGUUUCCAGAGCCAUCUGGGUCAGAACGCCUGUCGCAUCGGCAGUGAGCACAACAUCUUCUUCCUGACAUCGAAUCUGGAUGAUCUGGGCAAUGUCCUCUUCCACGUAUGGCUUCGUGCUGACGAUGAGUACCCGGUCGAGCAGAUCCACUGGGAGUCCGUGGGGAGAGCGGAACUUGGUUCCCCGGAUGCGGGCCAUCCCCCGAUUGGAGGCCAUGAUGACAAGAGGAGAUAGCUCAUUCUCCAACGCACGGUUGAGGAAUGAAAAGCAUUCAAUGUCCAACAUGUGCACCUCGUCAAUGAAUAGAACCUAUCACUGCAUCAGUUCCACCCUCUUGAACCAGAUUAGGCAUCAUACCCCGGCUCUGGCUUGAUCUCCCCGGUA